AUGGCACUCCUCACACCCCAGGGAUUGAAAACAGUCUUCCAAUGCCAGAAACCAGAAGGUCGGGAGCACCUCCGGAGACUGCUGCACUGGGAACAGUUUGACGAGCUGAGAGACGCCCGCAGGAGCAUCCUGCUGGAUAUCCUCUACGAGAGCAUCAUCUUUGCCGUGGGCAAAGGCUUCCCGUGGGUGGAGGUGGCCAAGGUGGUCAAGUUCGCAGAAGAGCUGCUCAGGGAAACCAAAGGCUCCUCCAUCACUGAGGCUGUGACAAUUUUGGGAAACAAGCUCAGAGAUUACCAGGGACAGUUCAACACCAUGCACCUGGUGGACCUCUGCGACUACUUCCACAACACCUUCAUCCACCACUACAGACUCUACCAGUAUGUCCUGGGCCAGGACCAGGAAGUCAACCUGACCGUCACCCACCUGGUGGUGUGUGUGCCGCCCAAGCCCCUCCCGCUGGCUGAGGGCGUGGACAGGGAAACCUGGAAGCACGAGCAGCAGGUGGGCGAGCUCAGUCUGGCUGAGGCACAGAAGCACACCAACGUGCUGCUCCUGAAGGAGGCGCUGCACCUGGAGCAGGAGCACCUGCUAGAGAGCAUGUUCUCGGAGAGGUCCUGGCAGCGGAGCCGGGUUCUGAAGAGAGAGGAGUUAGAAAAUCUCAUCAACGAGGCCAUUCGCAUCCAGAUGGAGCAUCUGAAGGAGCUGCUGCAGUAUGAGAUCCAGACGACUUUUGAUAUUUUGGACCUGAGACUUCAGAAGAAGACUUUAAAUCUCAACGCCCCUAUCCCUUUCCCCCUCUCAGUCACUGCUCAGCCGGGGCCAGAGGGGUCUCCUCAGUUCUCCAAACCAAACCAAGAGAAGAAGGCGAAAGCAAAGAAGGAGAAGGCCCUGGGGCUGUGACUGAGGAAGAGCCAUUGACAACCAGGAAAGCCUCCUGCCAUGCGCUCAGCACCAAGAGAUCAGAGAUUUCUUACAAUUAAAAGAAGCAUAACAACACCCACCAUCUUCUCUCUAUCUUCUUUUUGGAAACCAUCUUCUACUGCCUGAAAAUCCAACGCAGAUGGAUUUUACUCACACAGUGGAAGAAAGCUGUCCUUCUCUGCUCAGCACGGAGCUUUGUGCUCAGUGUGCAGGCAAGCAGCACUUGUUGACUCAGCUUAGACGCUGAGGACAGAACUACCACCAGUGAGUUUAAGCAGGUAAGGGCGAGGGUGACAGCAGACACCAGGAGGUAUCCCAUGCUGGCACGGAGAGACCCCAGGGCCUGAGAUUCUGUUUCCUUUCUGAGAUUCGUACAACAGGAUUGACUGCGCGCAGCCUGCUCUGUGCACGCUGGUCUUCCUGCUGGACGACCCAGAGCCGCGAGCCUCCGGAAAACUCUUCCUUCUCUGAGAAUCGACACUGUGUAGACGGAGGCAGGGAAACAAGCGCAGUCCGAGCGCUCAGAGACCUGGCUUUGAACCCAGCUCUCCCACUGGUCUGCUGCGUGACUUUGCCCGUGUCCCUUUUGUCUCUGGGCCCCAGCUAUCUCUUAUUCAAGUGGAAGAGCUGCUGGCUGCUGUCUAAGGCCCCUCUCCUACUCUAACAUCCUAGGAGAGAGACAAAGCAAGGUUUGCUACUCCCAUUUUGCAAGGAGUUCAAGGUUCAAGGAGGUGGAGGACCAACUCAAAGUCACACAGCGAGGCAGUGAAACAACUGGGGCUACAACUCUGGACUCUGGGUUCUGUGCUCGCUCCCCUGCAGCACUGUGCCUCCUGCAAAGAGCAGCACAAAUUCUGUAGUUAUUGACUUACUGCAGACGUAGCAUU